AUGGCAUCAAUCCCUUACACUAUUGUGGCCUGGACAAAAUCAAUUUCAAAUUAUAGGGAUUCCAGACUUACAGCAAGGACUCAGACACAAGCCAGUCUGGCAAAGAAAGAUACAGAAACUCAAACACUCAAUCUGCGGGAUGUCCGUGACGCCAGGAAAACAGCUGUCAUCAACGACGAGCUCAAAAGACUGGGUGUCGGCAUUGCCACCCUGCAAGAAACCCGGCUAGCUGGUGCAAGCACACUGAAGGAAAAGGACGACACAUUCUUCUGGCGAGGAAAGAACUUUGAUGAACCCAGAGAGCAUGGAGUUGACUUUACAGUAAGGAACAGCUUGCUGAAUAUGGUAGAACCGAACAGCGGCGGCUCUGCGCGACUCCUAACACUCCUCCUUAACACCACCGAAGGCCCCGUCAACCUUGUCAGUGUGUAUGCCCCAACGCUGUCCGCCACUUCGGACACCAAGGAUGAGUUCUACGAGAACCUUUCAUCUACCAUCAGGAAUAUACCAAAUGCCGAACAGCUUAUUCUCCUGGGCGACUUCAACGCCAGAGUGAGCGCAGACAGCGACUCGUAG